UACAGGCUUGUGUCUUUUUGGCAGCCAAAAAGUUCAGCUAAUAGCGCAGUUUGUUGUGGUAAUCGAAGGUUUUUCUGCACUGCAAGCAUCACUUACUAUCUUACUGUCACAUGAUGUGGUUGUGUGUUCUGUUGCUCUUUUUGUCAAUCUCAUCUUCUCUAUUGCCAUUCUGUGCAAGUCAAGGCAUUAUAGCUCCAGGAAAAUACAUCAGUGCAAACCAACCCAUAAUUUCUGCUAGUGGAACUUUUGCAUUAGGUUUCUUUAGUAUGAGAAAUUCAACUCCAAGGUACUAUCUCGGCAUUUGGUAUAACAAAAUUCAGAAGAAAACUAUUGUCUGGGUGGCCAAUAGAGAAUCCCCAACUGAUUCUCUAGGAACUUUUGCACUCGGGGUUGAUGGAAAUCUUGUGGUUUUAGAUGCAACAAAGAAGAUUGUUUGGUCAUCAAAUGUAAAGGUUGCUGAUUCUGCUAUAAAUAACACAACAGGUAUGCUGAUGGAUAAUGGAAACCUUGUUUUGAGAAGUGAUGAAGCCGUCUUGUGGCAGAGCUUUGAUCAUCCCUCUGAUACAUUUUUGCCUGGCAUGAAACUUGGCUAUAAUCGCAAAACUAAUCAGAGAAGGCAGCUUACUUCUUGGACAGAUGCUGAAGAUCCACAACCAGGAAUGUUCUCUUUCGGGAUAGGUAUGACUGGAGGUCCACAGUUUUUAAUCUGGAAGGAUAAUGAUCCUUAUAGCCGAAGCGAUGUCUACAGCAAUUCAGUGUCAUUUGCGAAGAUAUCCAAGUUGCGACCAUUUGCUUAUUACCUUACUUUAAACUUAAAAGAUGAUGACAUUUAUGUCACUUACAGUGCCUCAGAAAACUCGGCGAUAUUAAGGGUCACGCUAGUCCCAGAUGGGCGAAUUGAGUUGUUGCUAUGGCAGGAGAUAAACAAUGAUUGGCUUUCUAUGUGGCAGUGGCCUUCUAUUUACUGUGAAUUCUAUGCUCAGUGCAGUCCAUUUAGUAGCUGUGAUCCAAAAGGGUCUCAGGAUCAUUGCAAAUGUCUGCCAGGUUUCCAGCCAAAAGUUCAGCAAGAGUGGGAUAUGAGGAAUUGGACUGGUGGCACCUGUGUGAGGCAAAAGGCAUUGAGAUGUGACAAGUAUGAUGGGUUCUUAAAGUUGGUAAAUAUGAAAUUACCUGAUCAUUCAUAUAUAUUGGGAAAUAUGAGUACCAAUGAUUGUGAAUCCAGAUGCCUCCGGAACUGCUCUUGCACAGCUUAUGCAUAUUUAAACGCGAGUGAUGGAACUUCAGGGAAAUGCCUGAACUGGUAUGGGGAUUUGAUGGAUCUUGUACAGGACUUAGUUGGAUCAGAUCUUCACAUUCGUCUUCAUGACAGAGACCCGGUUGGAAAUGUUAAUGUUAAAUUUACACGUAAAAACAAGCGCUCGAUUAUAAUUGCAGUAGCCGCAGUUUCUAUAGGGCUUCUUUGUGUUCUAUCUGGCUAUUUCAUCUGGAGAAAAAGCAUUGGAAAACAAGAGAGAAUUGAAGAGACUUGUACUGGUAUGAACACCAGCAUUGAACUCGGAAAAAGUGAGACAGAGCUGAACAUAUUUAGCUUUAGCCAAAUAGUGGCUGUCACUAAUGACUUCUGUGAAGAAAAUAAACUGGGAGAAGGAGGUUUUGGCCCUGUUUAUAAGGGGAACUUGAUGAAUCAAGAAGUAGCUAUAAAAAGGCUUUCUAAGAAAUCUGAACAAGGGAUUGAAGAGUUCAUGAAUGAGUUAAAACUUAUUGCAAAGCUUCAGCACACUAAUCUUGUGAGGCUCUUGGGUUGUUGCGUUGAAGGGGAGGAAAAAAUGCUGGUCUAUGAAUACCUGCGGAAUCGAAGCCUGGACAAGUUUUUGUUUGAUCCAUAUGAAAAGGCAAAUCUUGAUUGGAGCAAACGUUUUCGGAUCAUCGAGGGCAUUGCUCAAGGUCUCCUCUACAUCCACAAGUACUCUAGAUUGAAAGUGAUCCAUAGGGACCUAAAGGCAAGUAAUAUAUUACUGGAUGAAGCAAUGAAUCCUAAGAUUUCAGAUUUCGGAAUGGCAAGAAUGUUUGGUUCAGAUCAAACCGAAGCGGAUACCAAGCGGGUGGUCGGUACCUACGGCUACAUAUCACCUGAAUAUGCACUGUAUGGAAAAUUCUCAGAAAAAUCAGAUGUCUUCAGCUUUGGAGUUCUUUUAUUAGAGCUUGUGACCGGCAAGAGAAAUAUUGAAUUUUUUGGUGCCGAGCUCCCUCGAACCCUUCAAGGAUGGGCAUGGGAAUUGUGGAAUGAUGAUAGAGGACUAGACCUUAUCGAUCCGUCGAUAAGGGACACUUCUGAAUGUCCUGAAAGAGCUCUCAAGUGCAUCCAUGUAGGGCUUUUGUGUGUUCAGGAAUCUCCAGUUGAUAGACCAACAAUGCCAUUAGUCGUUCUGAUGCUGAGCAAUGACAACGCAUCACUUCCUUCACCAGAAGAACCUGCAUUUUCUAGUAUUCAGCGUAGGAAACCUAGCAAUGUUGUUUCUUCUUCUUCUGAUCACAACACUUUAAGUAGUUACUCUAACAAUGAGUUGACAAUUACCCUGCCAGAUGCUCGAUAGAACUUUUCAUUUUCAUUUUUUUUUAAUUUCACUUGAGAUGCUUACAAAUUGAUCUUUCAAUUUACCUGUAGCAUUGUCUGUUAACGCAAUAUCGAAAUGUAAUGCAAAUGGAGCUUUGGUCUGUAUUUUCUCAUCA